AAAAGUUUUCGCAUAGUGUGACCACUUUUACGCUGACAGUCAUGGGGACGGUGCGCCUUUUUUUGUUGCUGGUGCUGGUGAUGGUAGCUACCACCAGAGGUGACCGUUACCAUCCCGAGAAAAAUGCACAAAACUCACAGCAACUUCAACGAAACCCUGAUGCAUUUAACACUGCUGAGCGUACUCCGGAGUUUUGGAAAAACAGCGCCAAAGCGGGUAUUGAAACACGCCUCAAGGACAUACGGAACGACAAACUUGCUCGCAAUGUGAUCAUGUUCCUAGGUGAUGGUAUGUCCAUACCAACGCUGAUGGCUGCUCGGACCCUAAAGGGACAGCGACAAAACCGCACCGGAGAAGAAACUGAACUGUUUUUUGAGACGUUCCCUUCAGUCGGUCUUUCCAAGACUUACUGUUUGGACAAACAAAUCCCCGAUUCUGCAUGCACCGCCACUGCAUACCUAGCUGGCAUAAAAAAUAACUACGAAACCGUUGGUGUUGAUGGAAGAGUUCAACGAGGUGACUGUUUGGCUUCAGCAGACAAAUCUACACAUUUGGACUCCAUCGCUGCUUGGGCCCUCGAUGAUGGCCGUGAUGCAGGUAUUGUGACCACUACAAGAGUUACUCACGCUUCGCCAUCGGGAACUUACGCCAGGUCAGCACACAGAGAUUGGGAAAGUGAUGCUAAUGUAACUCAAGCGGGAUUUACAACUGACGUGUGCCCAGAUAUCGCCAUGCAACUCAUAACUACGUCACCAGGCAACAAGUUCAAGGUGAUACUAGGAGGUGGCCGACGUGAAUUUAUACCAAAUACUUUUACCGAUGAAGAAGGUAGAACAGGACAUAGAGAAGAUGGUCGUAAUCUUAUAGAAGAGUGGAAAAAUUAUAAAACAUCACGUGGCGUUUCCAACGAAUACGUUUGGAACCGCUCACAACUAAUGAGUUUGAGAAACUCACCACCAGAGUACCUACUGGGAUUAUUUAAAUCUAGUCAUUUGCCGUAUAAUUUACAGGCUGAUAAGGCAACAGAUCCAACUCUUGCUGAGCUAACAGAGGUCGCUAUUAAUUCAUUAAGUCGUAACGAAAAAGGAUACUUUUUAUUUGUGGAAGGUGGUCGUACUGAUCACGCUCACCACGACAAUUGGGCGCAAAUGGCCUUAGAUGAAACGUUAGAGUUCGACUUAGCAAUAGAGAAGGCGGUGGAAAUGGUCGGAGAUGAUACUCUGAUAGUGGUGACUGCUGACCAUGCGCACGUGAUGGCUAUCAACGGGUACACAAAGCGCGGCGGUGAUAUCCUUGGCCCAUCUGACGAUCUGGGAGGCGAUAACGUUCCCUACAUGACACUCUCCUACACCAAUGGGCCGGGAGCUCGCCCACAUGUCGAUGGAAAUCGUGUCGAUGUAACGAAAGAAGAUUUCAUGGAUUUGGAAUGGCGGUCCCAUGCGGAUGUUUUCCUGGAAUGGGAGACUCACGGCGGCGACGACGUAGCGGUCAUGGCGUGGGGGCCUCACCACCACCUGUUUACUGGCGUGUACGAGCAGAGCCACAUCCCCUUCAGGAUGGCGUACGCGGCCUGCAUCGGGCCCGGACUCCACGCCGACGCUUGCAGCAGCGCGUCGCUGCUGCACCCGCUUUCUCUACUCUACGCUAUAGUCUUAGCUGCUUUAUACCAUACUGCCCAGUGGUAGAGUUCUAAAUACAUAACAAAGAACGAAAAUGUUACAAAAUUUAGAGUAAGUACUCGCUUUAUUUUUUUAUUAAGAUUGGUUAUGAUUUUAUGCUUUUGUUAACAUGAAAAUGUCGAAAUUGUGAUAUAAGAAGAAAUAAAAAGUAUUGAAUGUGAUAAAGGGAGUCAUCAUUCAAGAAGGUCAGUAAAUCACAGUCACACUUAAAGCACUGCAAUUCAAUUGUUUCUCCAUAAUUACAUUCACAUUAUUAUAAUAUGAACAAAAAUAAAUUGUAAUAUCGCAAAAAUUA